AUGGCUUCACGACGAGAUCGGUUACGUGGCAAGCUAUGCAGAAAUUAUGCCCUCGGCCACUGCCCGCAGGGAAAUCAGUGUAAAUAUGUUCAUCCGAAUUCGCCCCCAGCAACGUCGGCUUUUCCUCCUCCUCAGUAUCAGUGGCCUCAGGGAUACCCAACUCCUCUAUCGACAACAAUGCGGUUCCCAGUCUCUGGACCGUGGGUGACGUGGAACCCACAGCACCAGCAAAUGCAAGGACGACCAUGGGAGGGCACAGGUGGCCACAGCAUGGUUCAACCAGAGCGCCCCGCUUCCAUCUCUCAAUACAAGCCGCUAUCGUGGAGGACUGCGUUGUGCAGGCACUACACGAAGAAUCGGGGAUGGUGUCCGUUGGGCGACGAAUGCAAUUAUAUACACGAUUUGAAGCUCGCGGAUCUCGCACUCGAAGACGCUCGAUUUUCUGGUGGCAAGCGCGACGCGGCCACGUCCGAUCAGCAGGGGUCGGCGGGCUCCAAGCAAAGCCACUGCUGGGCAUACGUGCAAGGACUCUGCCACGUCAAAGACUGUCCUUAUCUUCACCCGAUAGCGGUCGAUUUGUUCAUUCGCCACACACCUUGCCUGGCAUGGCCGAACUGCACCAAAGGUGCUCUUUGCCCUUACAAGCACCCAGAGCCGAUCAUCCCCAAAGUACACGCACUCCCCAUGUCUCCGCAGUCGACCACGAGCGUGCACCCGCCCACCCCCGCCAAACCCAUCCUCUCCGGCGCCGUGCAGUACCACGGCACGACCUACUUCCCACUCCAAUCGCAAACUUCGCAGUCCUCUCAGGCCACGAGCGCAGGGCCCAUUUCGCCCCAGGACCCGCGAGCGCCGUACCACAUGUUCCCGAUAAACGGCCAGGUCUUAGGGUCGCCUCCCUCAGGCUGGCCAUACCCGUCUCCCAUCUCCCCCAUCGCCAUCCACGCCGCUCCUUCCUAUCCCGUUCCGAUCAACCCUGCGUACCCAUAUGGUUCCCCGCCCUGGCACGAGCGCAUGGUGCUAGGGUCUCCGAUGGGCCAAGUCGCGCCGGGGUUCCCCGGCUGCGAGCCGUAUCCAUCGUACAGCGGCGCGAACUAUGAGUAUCACCACCUGCCUGCCAGCAGCUUCCCCGCAGAUGAUCAUGUAAUGUAUCAAGCUGAUCCGUCGCUACCGCGCGGCGCGCUGUUUCCUGGGCAACCCCAGGAGAGCGUUCCUGAAAGGUACAACAUCCCUCGGUCCAGCGUCGACUACCAUCCCGUUCUCGAGCACGCACCGUCCCACACGGUCCCCGCAGCACACGAAGAGUUGCAAUUCCCUUAUGCUCCGCGGGAGACGCAGGGCGGCGGACCCGCGACUCGAAGGCGAAUCAGCGUGGCGCUGAGAAGCAAGGAAGACACGGACGCGUUGGACGUGUCGACGCACGGCGAGCGCAGGGCGAGCUGGCAGACGCAUGGAACGCACUGCCAUCACAAGGCGAGAUCGCUCUCACCUUCAUUCGAGAGACGUGCUCACUGA